AUGAAGGCGGAGGAAUGCGACGACGACGGCGAGAUCGGUUUCCUGGCCGUCCUGCGCCGUGAAGAUGGCCGGAGCCAUGGGGAGAAGCCGGAGGAGAUGGGGAACCACUCGCCGGGAGACGAGCCGGAGCAGCGGCACUACGAGCUCGGAUCGAUCGGCGCGGUACUGACUAUACGACAGCUCCCAUCUCAGGGACUCUCCUUCCAGCUCUGGCCCGCGGCCUCCUCCCUCGUCUCCCUCCUCGAUCAGAACCCCUCCCUGCUCCUCGCAUCUCUCCCCACGAGCCGCCGCUGUCUCCCCAAUCUGAACAUCUUGGAGCUCGGAGCAGGCACAGGGCUAGUAGGCAUCGCCGCCGCCGCCGUGUUGGGUGCCCGCGUCACCAUCACGGACAUGUCGCACGUCCUGCCCAACCUGCUCUUCAACGCUCAGGCCAACGCCUGCGCCGUCGCGGCCCGAGGCGGCGUCGUCGAGGUGCGGCAGCUCGAAUGGGGUCGUCACGAGGAGGACGCCGCCGGCCUCGGCGGCGCGUCGGAGAAGGACGCCCCAGCGUUCGAUCUCGUCAUGGCCUCUGACGUGGUCUACCACGACCACCUCUUCGAUCCUCUGCUGCAGACGUUGCAGUUCUUCGUCACUGGGGAGGUUGUGUUUGUCCUGGCCCAUCUGAGGAGGUGGAAGAAGGACGCGGUGUUCUUCCGCAAGGCCAGGAAACUCUUCGAGGUCUCGGUGAUCCACACCGACCCCCCUCUACCGGGUUCCAGAGUGGGGAUCACCGUCUACCGCUUCGUCCAGAAAGCCCGUGCCGCCGGCGGAUAA